GAAAGCAAACUGAAGGAACUCUUUCGUGUAUGUACCACAUGUUUGAGUCCAUGCACUUCGUCAUUCAGCUGUGUCGGAUCCCUGCUUCGAGUGAAGUGCUACUGUCCAGAUGGCCACAUUUUCUGUUGGGAAAGCCAGCCGUACAUAGCCAAUAAGCCUGCUGGGAAUGUGCUUUUGUCAGCUGCCAUUCUAUUCAGCGGAGCCAGCCCAAUACCAACACUGCGUAUGCUUCAACUGAUAAAUGUCAAGGCCAUCUGUGACAACACAUUUUUCUGCUACCAGCGAGGCUACCUUCUUCCCGCAAUAACAGAGGUAUGGAUACAACACCAAGCCACACUCCUGGUUGAGAUGCAGGGCAGGAGAAUCAACUUAGCUGCUGACGGAUGGUGUGAUUCACCUGGACAUAAUGCAAAAUACCUUUCCUACAACUUCUACAACUGGGAGUUGAACAAAGUCAUCCACACUGUCCAGGUCCAGUCCAAUGAAGUGGCGUCAAGCUACCACAUGGAGCUGGAAGCAUUGAAACGUGGGCUGGAAGAGCUGAAAGACUUCAAUGUUGCGGUAGACACCCUAGACAUGCCAGUGUCAGAAAAUACAUGCGCACAUCAUAUCCAACUGUGAAGCAUCAGUUUGAUGUUUGGCAUGUCUCCAAAGGCAUCCGCAAGAAGCUCAUGAGUGCGAGCAAGACAAAGGGGUGUGAAGCACUUGAGCUGUGGACAAAGCCUGUUGUCAACCACCUUUACUUCUGUGUCACUCACUGUGAAGGGGACACAGAGCAAGCUCUCUCAAUGUGGAAGAGCCUCAACAACCAUGCUUGCAAUGUCCAUGAGGGUCACGAGGGUUCUUAUACGCGUUGUUUGCACCCUCUCCUCGACGACACGAAGCGACCAUGGCUCAUUCCUGGAUCACAGCCGCAGAAAAAGCUAGCCAGUAUAACAUUGUCAAAGUACCUCCUCAAGGACAUCCCGAGCCUUUCUCCUGAUGUGCAGACUUCAAGCUUGGAGGCAUUCCACAGCCUCCUCAUCAGGUUUGCUCCAAAGUCUGUUGGGUAUGGCCCCAAAACCAUGAAGUGCAGGACAUAUCUCGCAAUCCUGCAUUUCAAUGAGAACUCUGCCAGGGCGCAUGCUUUCACGGAGGACGGGGAACUACGCUACCUCCUGAAACGGUCCAAGGUGUACUCUGGAGAGUAUGUUGCACUGCCCAUCAAGGAGGAGCCUACCUUCAACUAUGUGCACAAGCUUCUCAAGAAAGUGGUAGAGCUGUGCGAUAGGUGGCCUACGUUUGAUGCAGCAUGGGCUGCAAACCCUCCUGAGGAGCUCCCCAGCCUGACAAGCAGCCAGCCCCUCAUGGAUAAGCAGGCACUGAUAGAGGCCAGGCAACACCGCUUAUGGACUUGUGCAUGCUGCCUGUGCUGCAAAACUCCAGGUUUGAACCCUGUAUAAAACGUAGACGGAAACUUGUCCCGGAUGGCCCACACUACGCAGGAUGGCAGCACACGCCUAUCUCCCUCUUCGAGGCGCCCCCAAAGCCACGAUGCACAUUGUUUGUAGGCAACAUGGCGGUAUCUCCUCAAGGAAAGUGUUUGACGAUCACACAAGAAGCAGCACAAUUUGAGAUAAGACAUGUAAGAACAAACUCAAGAAAAAGACUGCAUAGUGACAACUCAAAGAAUAAAUACAGCCACCGAUGAGGAGCAAAAAGCAAACUUUACUCAAAGCUAACUCAAUGGCAUUUCUUCUCUCAGGCAAAUAUUGGAAACUGCUAAUUUUGUUUUCCACUUUCCUCGAGCGUAAGAGCCCCAGAAUUCCAGCAAGGCAUCAGUACCAAAUUUGUGCCAAAUUAUUUUGGGGUAGGCACUUUUCAACCACGUUGCUUGUUACGCUUCCCCUUCGCAGUGCAACUGUAUGUCCCUAGACUUAUGAUUAUCAAUACCAGAUUUCAUCAGGUGUCACUGCAACUAAGGAACAGCAUUUCAUUGCCUGGAGAAAGGCAUACAGCCACCGAUGAGGAGCAAAGAGCAAACUUUACUCAAAGCAUAACAUCCCUGACAUUGCAGUCUUCCAGCAAGGCAUCACCUGCAUUAUCACCUGGAGUUGAAUUUAUUCUAAUGUGCUUGAUGUUAAACAUACCUUAUGACGGUACAUUUUGUUUGUUGAUAGUGUAACAAAGCCAAAGUAGGCUUUAGGAGCAACAAUAAAAAAUAAAAGUCAA